CUGUCAGAGCUGAUCCGAGCGCACAGCUGAUCCACCUACAGAUCGAUGCCAUGUCCUCAGGGAAGUAAUCAGGAUGGUACUCAAACAUAUUAUUAGAGGAACCUGCUGUAAUUUGAGCUUCUGAUCAGCCAAACUUUCUUCAGUUGUGACUCCACCCUUGUUUUUCCAAAUUGAGGUGUUGCUAUCAUCUUAAUCACACACCAGGAAUUUUUCUCCCUAACUCAGGUACAGUGAGUUAAUGAUAUGGACAAAAUGGAAAGUGCAACCCAGGAGUCCAGAGCUGAACGGAUAGCUCGCUACAAAGCAGAGAGACGCCGAGAACUGGCUGAACGUUACGGCAGCCAGGAGGAGGAGCUUCCGUCAAAGUGGUCGAGAAGAGAGAGGGAAGGACGCGGCGUCUGUGACUCUACCUAUGCGGAUAAGUCUGUUUCAGGAGGUAUGAAUGGAGGGAUGGGGAGGAAUGGACAAACGCCACUAGAAGAAAGGCCUGGUCCUGAAAAGAUAUCCAAUGGGUGUAAGGUGAAUGCGCGUGGAGAGAACACACACCAAAACAGGGAAUGUUUUUUGGGCUCGUAUGGUACAGUGGCUGGGGAAAACCCUCCAGACUCCCAUGGGCCCUCAACCCCCGACACUCCCCAGUUACACACUCAUGUAUCAGUAGGCCAGCUGAAGAAUGCUCUUCUACAGCAAACCUCGAGCCCAGCUCCAUCAGAUAGAGUAGCCACUGAUGGUGGCGUGGUGGCCUUGACUCUUGACAUAGCACUUCAACCAGGUGCCGAGGGAAGUCAUCGGCGUGCCCGCAGAUACAUGCCAGGGGAUCCUGCAGGGAGCCGCAAAAAUAGUGAACGCUUUCGUACUCAACCCGUUACAGCCAGUGAGAUAAAGGACAGCUGCGGAAAAAUGGACAAUGAAAAUCAAGACACCUCGCAAAUGGAUGUAAAGACAGAUGACAGAGCCAAGAUGAGUGUAGCUGCCAAGAUGUCUCUGUUUAAAGAGUUAGAGAAGACAGCUUCACCUGAGGCAUCCUCAUUCCUCAAACCUCGCGCCAGUAAUAGAUUCCAUGCGCGUAGAGUUCGCCGUAACAACGACCCUCGGGCACUCACUCAGCCAAUCACCUUUGAGGAAACAGUUAUUGCAGCGAGUCCACAGUCGGGUGAGGCAGGUGAGGCUGAGCCAGAGGUGGAGGACGAUGCUGGCACUAAACUAUCGAUGAGUGAGAAACUGGCUCUCUUCAACAAACUGUCUCAGCCAAUAUUGGGUGCUGUGGGGAGUCCUGUGAGAGACAGCAGCCCUCUAGAGGCCUCUGAGAGACGCAGACAGAAGGGUGCCCGUUACCGCACACAGCCCAUCACUGUGGAUGAGGUCAAUUUGGUGUCACCUGUGGAACCGGCUCCUCUCUCGAGUGCUCCCUGGAGGCAGAGGGCAAGGAAGGAAGCCUCUGCAUCCUCUGGCAGAACAUGGAGAUCUGCUCCAAAGCCUGAGGAACGUCCAUUUCUAUCAGAGGACCUCCAGACCACAGAACAGAGCAGAGAAUCAGCCAUCAGUGACAGGGUGAUAGACUCAGCAGGAACUGAGAAAGAAGAGGAAAAGCAAAGUGAUAAAGCAAGGUGCAAUAUCAGUCUGAGCAGUGCGCCACAGGAUGAGAAUGUCACUACAGCUGAGUCUAAUCUUCAAACUCAAUGUUGGGAGCCUGUAUUUUCCUCUAUAUACACUCGUUCAAGCUCCACACCUCAGUAUGUGAUGUUUUUCAAUGAGAGGAGUCUUUCUUAUGAAGCUCAGGAGGUUUCCAACACAACUCAAACUCAACCACAGGCAAGCUGUGAGGAGGAAGACUCUCCCAGACUCAUCUUUAAAGAAACACAAACCAUUUGCGCCAGUGAAGUCCAAGAGAGUCAGAUGUUUGGUGCUGAGAUGACUUCUGAACACUCUUCACUACCAGCGUAUCCGACCACUGGAGGAGACACAGAGUCAGACCUGAGCACUCUCUGUCAGACCAACACACCAAUUUUGAGCUCAGCUGUAGCCGAGCACAGGCGUUCAGUUCGGCCAUCCCGCAGGACCCAGGGUUCGAGGAAUCCAUUACGCGCUCUUGCUGCUCGAGAGGAUAUCCAACAGGAUUUCAUGCAGUCUGAAGAAAACAGCGAAAUGGAGAAUAAUACAGCUAUGAAAAAUUCUAACUGCACCCCAGCUGAUGUCUCUUUCUCUGGAAAAGGGAGCAGACCCACAGUGCCAUACAACAAACUUAUGCUCAUCCAAGUUAAAGGGUGGAGGCAGGUGCAGGUGCGGUUGGUGGAGCCGGUAUCACGCUCUCUUAACAGUGGUGACUGCUUUCUGCUGGUCACACCAUCACACUGCUUCCUCUGGACUGGCAAACUCUCCAACACCAUUGAGAGAGAAAAGGCGUCUGAAAUGGCCUCAGUGAUUGUGACCCAGAGGGAUCUGGGUUGUCAGGCAACAGGUGUUGUUCACCUGGAUGAAGGUGUAAAUACAGACAGCCUGCAGGCAGCAGAGUUCUGGAAUCUUCUCGGGGGACAGACCCAUUAUAAAGGUCCAGACAGUGCUGAUGAUGAUGAGCACUAUGAGAGAGCCAUAUCAGAGUCAAACUGUAUUUAUAGGCUGCAGGGGGACAGACUCAGUCCUCAUGAGCAGGGCUGGGCUGUCGUUCCAGACCUCAGUCUUCUGAACUCCUCUCAGACUCUGCUGUUUGACUUCGGCAGCGAGCUCUAUUUGUGGCACGGGAAAGACGUGGGCCCCAGCGAGAGGAAACUGGCCCUUCAGCUGGCUCAGCAGGUUUGGGACGGAGUGUAUGACUACAGCAACUGCAGGAUCAACCCUCUGGAUCCCUCUGGUGGCAGUGCCCAUAUUCACAAGCAGGGUAUUGGACGGCCUGACUGGGCACUUUUUGGCCGUGUGUUUGACCAAAAUGAGACGAUACUGUUCAAAGAGAAGUUUGCUAACUCAUUUGAGCAGACAAAAGUGAACAAAAAUUACAUUGCUCCUUCCAUACAAGAGGAGGUGAAGACCCCCUUACUCAAGUCAUCUCCCCAGCCAGUGUCAGCUGAGCAGUGGUCAUGUGAUGCCAGAGCUCUCUUCGGUGGAGUCUGUCUCUCAGAGGUGUCACAAAUUGUUCUGGAUGGUGUGGAUGUACGGAGGGGACGGGACACGGUCACUCUGAGUGAUGGUCGGCAGGUGGAGUUAUGCACUCUUGCAGUGAAAAUGUUGCUUAUUUCAGAGGGUGAGGAGUGUGAGGUUGCCCCAGAGAGCUUGGGACAGUUCAGUGGGGGCAGCACAUAUGCUGUGCGCUGGACAUACAGCCUCACAGCCUUAGGGGAUCAAAUGGCAAUAGGUCACGAACGAUCUGCUCUUUUCAUCUGGAAAGGGUGGCACUCCAAUAUCAGUGGGCGGGACCUGUCACCAGCACUGACCAAUCAGUGUAGUUCUCAGGUGUUCGUAACAGAAGGGGAAGAGCCACCCUGUUUUCUGCAGUUGUUCCAGGGAGGAAUGGUCAUUUAUAGACAACAACAAAGCAGAGACACAGGAGGCUGGCAUCUGUUCUGUGUGAGGGGUGAUGUCCCAGUGGAGGGCAGUCUGUUGGAGGUACAGUGCUCUUGCUCCAGUCUGAGGUCUCGUGGCUCAUUGAUCUUGUUGAACAGCCAGCAGGGGGCGAUCUACCUGUGGCAUGGCUGCAAAGCCCACAGCAAGGCAUGUCAGGUGGCCAAGCAGAUGGUCCAACGCCUCACACAAAUGUGCCCACCUGAGCAGAGUCUGAGAGCUGGCAGAUUUAUGAAUGUCCAGGAAGUGGAGGAGGGGAAAGAGCCAGCAGACUUCUGGAAUGCUAUUGGACCAGAGGACAGGAAGUCAUAUGACUGCAUGCUGCAAGAUCCUGGUCAAUUUAAUUUUACCCCCCGCCUUUAUCACCUGAGUGCCCAAUCAGGAACUUUCAAAGGGGUGGAGCUUAUUAGCCCCUCCCAUGUAAAUGGUGUAAUUACAGCAAUGCCCUUCCUUCAGGCUAAGUUAUAUGCCGUGCCACAUCCAGCAAUAUUCCUGCUGGAUAACUAUCUGGAGGUGUAUUUAUGGCAAAGUUGUGAAGCUUCAAUCUCACAGCGCCCCCACUGGGACAAAGAGAAGAAGUGCGCCAUGGAGACUGCCUUACAGUACUGCAAAGAGAGGAAUCCCAGACGGCCUCCCAUGGCGUAUCUUAUUGAUGAAGGGGCGGAGCCUCUCACCUUUACUAAUAUAUUCCCUUCAUGGGAGAUGAGACUGACACAGGAAGUACAGGACUGCACAGUGCGUAAAAAGCUGACUUUGGUGCAGGAUGCUCUAGCUGCCCUUAAUAAGUCCCAGUUUCCCCUUAAGGACCUGCUGAAGAGACCUUUACCUGAAGGAGUGGAUCCUUUACACUUGGAGAACUACCUGUCUCAGCAUGAUUUCAAGGUUGCUUUGGGAAUGAUAUGGAAUGACUACAACUGUCUAUCAGAUUUACAAAAAACGGACCUGAAGAAAAGUAAAGGACUUUACUGAGUGUCAGCAGCACUGUGACCUACGCUCAACAGAAGCAAUAUUUUAAAAGAUGUGUUUGUAAGAUGACAUGUUCUUGAUGGCACUCAUGCGUAGUGUGAGUGUGCUAAACAGUGAGUUGUGAGUGUGUGUCCUUUCGGUCUGCUUCUUUUCAGUCUGCUGCUUUUUUAAAUGCCUAAUGUCCAGCACUCAUUUUGGCCAAAAGCUUUCUACUCAAAGCUAGACAGAACUGUUUACUCUGACUUUGAGAAAUAGCUGUCAUGUUUUUCUUUUCUUCCUCCCCAUCCUCCAUUGCAGCUUUUUCUCCUCCUUCUUUCUUUAUCUCUCUCUGUCUGCCUCCUCUCUCUCUCCUCUCUCCACAAAGCCGCACAUGUGAAUAGAGGUCUAAUUGUUUUACUGAACUUAUAGUUGAAUUUUGUAAUGUUUAUUUUAAAAUAAAAAUAUCAUGAUAUUUUUUUUUUAA